AUGGAGCGAAGAUUUUCAAAACCCCAUCGCACCACGAUACCGGCCAGCUUCAAAGUUCCCGAGCCGUAUGAGUUCUACAAUAAGGCGACGCCGUUCGUUCAGCGUACGCUACUUUUUGUCGCCGACGAGAGCUCCGGACCGAGGGCGAGCGGCAGCGGUGCAGUCGAAAAUCCAAUUGAUAUUCCGGACGCCAACGUAGACGAGGCGGGCGCGUCGAAAUCGUGCGAGGAGCAGGAGAGAUCGCCGAAGAGGAGCUCGUUUUUCUUCUCCCCAUCGAAAAGUUGCAAGAUACACGGGCGCAGCUUUUUCAGGCUCCAGACGAGCCCCAAGAAGUCGAAAACUGAGCCGGCGGGGGACGCGUCACCUAGGGCGACGGGGACGUCGGCCGCGGGGAGCGGGGGGCUGAUCAGCUACGCUCCUGGGUGGUCCCUUAAGGGUGAACACCUCAUGAAAUGGCAGGCGUCGGGGAAAACAACAAUCGAGGUGAUG